AUGCCUCCCAUGGACAUUCGCUCCAUGAGAGACAUCAUAAAUGGCAUUCACAGGCGAAGCCUGCGGCUAACCUCCUCCGACGCGAUGCUUAUGCGUGUGACGCGAACACCCCAUGCAGCAACGGCGCAUGCUGCGGAGCUGGUGGCUACUGUGGUUAUGGACCUACGUACUGUGGCACUGGCUGCGUGUCGAACUGCGAUGCCACCGCCGAGUGUGUGUGGUACCACGGAAGACUUUUGUGACUUGGACUGCCAGAGCAACUGUGUUCUCAAUCCAAAGCCCCCAGCUGGUGCUGCAUCGUUGAGCGUUCUUGAAAAUAAAGUCAUUGGCUACUAUGAAUCCUGGAUGGCUCGCAAGGAAUGUCACAAAGUGGCUCCUACCGACCUGCCCUUGGAUGCCCUCACACAUCUCAACUUUGCAUUUGCGUCCAUCGAUCCUGACUCGUACACGAUUGUGACCAUGGACAGUGACACCCCGUCUAGUCUGUUCAAAGACGCAACGAAUGUCAAAUCGAUCAAAUCUGACAUGAAGGUCUUCAUCAGUGUGGGUGGCUGGACAUUCUCCGAUAACGGCACGGCCACCCAGCCGCUGUACGGCGAAAUUGCUGCGUCGGCCACCAAGAGACAGACAUUUGCUGACAACGUCGUCCACUUCCUUAAGCAGUACGGAUUUGACGGCUUGGACAUUGACUGGGAAUACCCAGGCGCCGGUGACCGAGGUGGAAGUGCCGAAGACACAGCCAACUAUGUGCUCCUGCUACAGACGCUGCGCAGGACCUUCGACGCUAGCGGUAACGACUUUGGUCUGACAUUUACGGCCCCGUCCUCCUACUGGUAUCUGCGUUGGUUUGACUUGCCAAGCAUGGUCAAGUACGCUGACUGGAUUAAUCUGAUGACCUAUGAUCUGCACGGGGUCUGGGAUAGCACCGAUCCCAUUGGCAGUAUUGUGCAAGCUCAUACAAACCUGACAGAAAUUAAGCAGUCUGCCGAGCUAUUCUGGCGUGUAAAUAUUCCCCCAGAGAAGCUUGUCAUGGGCUUUGGCUUCUAUGGACGCUCCUUCACGCUUGCGGACAAGUCGUGCACGAAACCUGGUUGUCCAUUCAAGGGUGCCUCAAGUCCAGGCCCCUGCUCCGAUACUGGUGGCAUCUUGGCUUACUAUGAGAUCCAAGCGAUCUUAGAUGGCACUAGUUCCUCUAAGCGAUCAACCAUCACGCCAAUUCAUGACAAGAAAGAUGCAGUCAAUUAUUUCACAUUCGACGACGAUCAGUGGGUUUCUUAUGAUGAUGAGACAACUUUUGCCCAAAAGGUGACGUGGGCCAACGAGGUUGGUCUUGGAGGCGCCAUGAUCUGGGCUUCAGAUCUGGACGACGACAAAUACACGGCCCACGCAGGUCUCACCAAUAAAACUAUCAUGACGAACCCGACCUUGAAGACCAUCGACAAAGCCUUGUCCGACCCCAAGUCCGUCAUUCAAGACCUAGCCAGCUUCAACGGCCAGAACUGCUUCAAAUACGAAGGUAAAUGCGUCAACCUUAACGACAACAAUGCCAUGGCGGAUGCUUGUGGCUCUGGAUAUACCGUUGUCGGGUGGGAUGACGCUGGAUGCGGCAAAUCGAAUUGUCACUGUGGAAAGCCCAUCUGCUGUCCGACGGGCUCCGCUCCAAAGAAUUGCAACUGGCGUGGCGACAACACCGGUGAUGCUGGCGUCUCAUCAGACUGCAAUGCGCAAUGCAAAUCGGGAGAAAUCAACAUCGCCGGCAUUCGAUCGUCAUGGGGAGGUGGUUUUACCAAUGAUGGUAACACUGACAAGUGUGGCCGCGGAUACAAGGUUUUCUGCUGCCCUGAUCCUGAGUAUGAAGAGGUCAUUGACGGAUGUGCCUACGCGGGCUGCGGCAAAGAUUGCCCUAGUGAAAGCACAGAGAUGUUUAAUAAGUUCGACACUUGCGGGUACGAGGGUCAAAAAUACUGCUGUACGUCUCCAGCCGACUUGUCUGACUGCCAUUGGGUCGGAGGAAGUUCUGGCCAGGACUGCGCAAAUGCCAAGUGCGCCUCCACGGAGCUGGCUGUUGACCGUGCUAGUUACGGUGACUCGAGCUCCUCCUGCGACUGGAGCCGCCAGAAGGUCGCCUGCUGCACAGUCAAGAAGGCUGCACGGGAGCCAGCCAAGUGCGCUGCCGAUCUGUGUACGCUGUUUCCAGGUUGGUGUCCAAGUAAUAGCGAUGAGACUUCUGUCAGCUACCGCAAGCGAGGCGAGCUCAACGUACUGGAGAAGCGUGGUGCCCGUGAAAAAUACACUCUUAUACUGGCCGGUGUGACUAUCGAGGUCCUCGCCGCCGCAUACCCGUCAAUCGGAAGUCUCUUCACGAUCGCCCGAGCCGCUCAAGUUCAACGAUGGGCUUUUUGGAAGAACAAAGGCUACUGCAAUAGCAGAGUUCUAUCCGUGCUGUCUCUUCCGACUGGCGAGGUCGCCAAGGCCCUGUACGAAGGCUUGAACUCGGAGCACAUCAUCGAUAGGCAAGUCAUGAAAAAGUUCAUUGAGGCUGUGAUAUCGGGAACUUUGACAUCCGGUGCCCAGCCAGAUGGUCUCUUGCCCAUGUCGGCCACCUGGUGGGCAACUAAGUGGAGGGAGGCCAAUCCGGCCCUUGCAGGUCUUCCUGCGGUGGGCAGUGAUAACGGAGCCAAGCCAUCGAGUCCCAAUGACCGAAUCAUGGAAGCUUUCGGGUCGACAUUCAACCCGUACCCACUACUGGCCACUGACGCUGAAAUCAAUGGGGUGAAGGCCAAACUCAUGGGUCUCAAAGCUCCUUUUAAAAUUAAAAAUAUUGAAAAAUUGGCAAAGGCCGCUGUCAAGGCCGAUACUGAUGAGGCUGUGCAGGAGGUUCUGACAGCCCUUCAGAGCGUGUUCGGCAUGUUCGAGUACUUUGCCGACUAUCGUGUCUCCAAGACGUAUAACUGGGUUCUCCAAAGCGUCGGUCUGCAGAUGGCCCAAGUCGAGUAUGCUACCGGCGUUCAAGAUCUGCAAAAAUGGUGGUGGGCGUGGGCACCAGACUACUUCCAGACGGUAGAAAACUAUUCCCAAGGUUGGGCCGUCGAAGCUAUUCGGGCCGUUGCAGGAGCGUACGCCGCGGCUCGUGCCGAUGGGCGGAAUCUGAAGACGAAUGAUGCCGUCGCGGCGGUGCUCAGCGAAUUCGAGAGCAAGAUCCAGAAGAUGAGCAUGCCGAAGAUCACGGCGACAGAGACUACCAUCUCCGACUUGGACUCUCUAGACUAG